AUGACGUUUUCCCAUGCGGUUGUGAUGACGUCGUCUCUCUCCGUCGCCCUGCACGGGGGCGGUCGCGUGCUCAGCAUUCAGUCACAUACCGUCCAGGGGUAUGUGGGCAACAAGGCGGCGGUCUUCCCCCUGCAACUGCUGGGCUUCGAUGUGGACCCCAUCAAUUCUGUGCAACUCUCCAACCACACUGGCUACCCCACGUGGAAGGGGCAGAUUCUGGAUGGAGAGCAGCUGUGGGCGCUGAUAGAGGGCCUGGAGGCCAAUGGGCUGCUCUUCUACACGCACCUGCUCACCGGCUACAUCGGGUCGCUCUCCUUCCUGAAAACUGUUCUACGGGUUGUGGAGAAGCUAAGAUCAGUCAACCCCAACCUAAUAUAUGUGUGCGAUCCAGUGAUGGGGGACGACGGUCGUCUCUACAUUCGCCCCGAGCUCGUCCCCAUCUACCGCCACCAGGUGGUCCCAGUGGCGACGCUCAUCACGCCAAACCAAUUCGAAGCAGAGCAGCUCACAGGCCUCAGCAUCCGGACUCAAGCAGACGCCAUCACUGCAUGUGACAUGCUGCACGCAGCAGGGCCCAGAAAGGUGGUGAUCACAAGCAUGGAGGUGGAUGGGCGGCUGCUGGUAGUGGGGAGUGACGCCAGCAGCCCUGCUGGAGAGGAGGAGGGCUCUGAACAGCGUUCUUUGCAGCGGUUCUGCAUCGCAGUGCCCAAGAUACCACACUACUUUACUGGAACGGGAGAUUUGAUGACCGCAUUGCUGCUUGGAUGGUCACAUAAGUAUCCGCACGACUUGGCUAGAGCAGCGGAACUAGCAGUGGCAUCUCUGCAG